AUGGGACGCGACAGUCGUGGGGAUCGCUACAGUCGCCGCAACGACACCAGCGACCGGCACGGUAUUCCAGAGGGACCCAGCGGUAAUUCCUCCACGGCGGCCACAGCGGCUUCCACGCGUUACGGGCGCUACGCAGGCAACCGGCGGUCACGAUCCCCGCGAGGUUCUCGUCGCGGUGGCAGUGAUGAGCGGAACAGCGAGCGUCACCGUCGCAGGCGGCGAUCGGCGAGUGAUGAGCGGCAACGACGACGUCCAGCAACUAGCAGAAGAGCUCCUAGCAAGGAGACUGGUAGACGUGGGCACCGUAGGUCCCGUUCCCGUUCUUCUUCAUCCUCCAGUACUUCGAGAAAAGGAGAACUUGCUCGUUCAAGAUUUGAAGAAGUUAAUGUGCAGGAGUUGUUGAAUCCUGGUAUACAAACAAUACCAGGGGGAAUGGGAGCACCAGUUUCUCCAGAUGUUCUUUUUGCACUUCUUAAACAGCAACAAGAGCAACUUCAACAUGAGCAAGAACUACAAGAAUUACAUGCAGCUGUGGAACAGGAUUAUCUAGCUCAGGCUCAGGCUCAAGCUCAAGCUCAAGCAGUAUUGGGAUCAGGUAACGAAACACAAGUUUUUCAAGAAACUUCCAACACUACUGGGUAUACAGAACAAGAACCACAACAAAUAGAAGAGCAGCCAGCAGAGAAUGAAGAAAAUGGGGAAAUUCCAACUCAACCAACAGCUCCAGUGAAAGUUUUACCAUCUGUAGCCGAUUUUGUCCCUGUUAUUCCAAAAAGUCUCCUUAACCUCUUAGGGGUACCACCUAGUAAAAAUGAUACAAGUGGUGGUGAGACUAAAAAUGAUUCUGCAGCAGAAGGUGGUCAAAACGAUAAUGGGCAAGAAGGUGUAUUAACAACUACUACAGGAGCAUUAGCUGUUCUCCAAGCACCUAAACUCUCUCCUGAAGCUGAAAGACGUGCACGAGAAGCUCGUCGUGCUCAUAUUUCAUGUUUUCCACAACAUACUUCGCGACAAGAUUUGUUAGACUACUUCACAACUAUCAUCCCUAUGGUGCGUCGUGUUAAGGUACAACGUGAAAUGGAUCAACUGGCUGAGAGUAUGGGAGGUGAAAAUAAUAAUGGUGGUGUUAUUGAUGAAGGGGAACGACGUGUUAUCCCUUCAAAUGCUGUUGUAGAUGUAGAUCGUGUGAUUGAUCUCUCUGUAAACAGUGCUAAGUCGAAACCGUUUGCGUUUCUUGAAGUUAACCUCGCUGAUCUUGUAACAGAACUUGUAGAAGAAUCUCAGAGAGAUCCUGAACGCUUUACUUUUAUCGCUGCAGACGGACAAUCAUACCCCAUCACUAUUCGACGUCCACGUGACUAUCAAAGUUUACCAGGCGUAGACCACAGAAAAGUAGUGAUGCUUGGUUUCCCUGCAUCACUUUCAGCUGAGAAAUUACGAAUGGUAUUUGAGCAAUUUGGAUCCAUUCUAGCCUUUGAUGUAAAGGCAGGGAUGGCUUACGCUGAGUUUGAGCGAGAGUCAGAUGCGGUUGACUGUGUACGUGAUCUGCAUGGUGAGACACUUGGUACUCAUGUAGUGGUAUUACUGCCACUUUAUGACUGGCUAAAAGUUGUUUGUACACAUGCCGGUAUUGACGUUACGCUUGACCCUGAUGAUCCCGUCUCUGGUGCCUCACUUCUUGCGAAGGAUGCACAGUCCACUGGUGCUCUUGUUCCGCUCCUCGCUGAGGAUCUUGCCAAGGCAGACGAACCGGUAGAUCACAUGAAAGAACUUGUUGGUCUUACUGUACCAUUACCAGAUGUUGUUUUGCAUUUUGCUAAAACUUUUCCGCAUCUCACGACUUUGUACGGUAGCAGUGUUCCUAUUUUUCCUACCCGUGUAUUGGUUCUUCUUAAUCUAUUUGAUGAAGAAGAAUUAGUACUUGAUGAAACUUAUGAACGUCUUUUAGAUGAGAUAUCAAGUGAAGUGGAAAAGUAUGGACGUGUUAAGUCACUUAUUGUACCACGUCGUACUCCCCCUCCAAUUCCACCAAAACCGCCAAAAAAUCUUUACUCAUCUCGUAUGAGAACAACAAAAAAGUCUACCACUGCUAGUGGUCGUGAUCGUGGACGUCAAAAUCAGAGUAAGAAGAAAGGUGGAGAAAAUGAAGAUGAAUUAGAUAUGCCUGUUCCAACACAUUCAAAUACAUCAGGAGGGGAAACAUCAGAGAAUAAUGCUACAAAUGGUAUGACAACAUUCGGAAAAGUAAAUGACAGAGGCGGUAGUAUUGGUGACAGCAAUGAAGAAAGUGAGGAUAGUGAUAAUGAUGAUGAAGCUCGAUACGAACGAGAAAAGGCAGAGUAUCUAAAGGCUCGUGAAGCAUAUACAGAUAAAUUAAUGCACCCUAUUCAUGGUGGAUUUGGUCGUGUAUUUGUAGAGUACGAAACGAUUGAUGAAGCUGCUGAAGCUCAACGCGCAAUUGUGGGUCGAUUAUUUGGUGGACGUACAGUUGUAACGUCUUUUAUGUUUGAAGAUGUCUUGUAUCCACCUACUGCUGAGGAGGAAGAAAUGCAAGCUGAAGAAAAAGUAAAGUUAUAUCUGGAGGCUGUAGGCGCUGAAGAAGAAGAAGAAACCAAAGCUCAACAAGAGGGAAAGACAUCAGUCAAUGGUGAUAAUGAUAAAAACGAUGCUUCUGAUGAGGCACAGGCAGUAUUGACCCAAGACGAAGAAAAAGAAGAAGUUAGUGGUGGUGGUGGUUUGGAUGCAUUGAACUGA